CCUUCUGGGAGUCGUAGUCUGUUCACCUACCUCCGCGUUUUCUGGGAGCCUGGACCUUCCACUAGCGCAGAUUCAGCUCAGGGUGGCACUCCUCUACGCGAUCCCCGCCCAGCGGCCCUCCAGUCCAGGAGAAGCGGACCCCUCUCACCCAGCCCAGACCGCGCAAUGCCGGCCCCGCCAUGCGCCUCCUGCGGCAAGGCCCGCGCGGCCCUGCGCCGCCCGCGCUCCGGCCAAGCGCUGUGCCGUACCUGCUUCUGCGCCGCCUUCGAGGCCGAGGUGCUGCACACGGUGGUAGCGGGCCGCCUGCUGCCUCGCGGCGCCGUGGUGGCUGUGGGCGCCUCGGGUGGCAAGGACUCCACGGUGCUGGCCCACGUGCUGCGCGAACUGGCGCCCCGCCUGGGCAUCUCGCUGCAACUGGUGGCGGUGGACGAGGGCAUCGGCGGCUACCGGGACGCGGCGCUGGCGGCAGUGCGGCGCCAGGCGGCGCGCUGGGAGCUGCCGCUCACCGUGGUGGCCUACGCUGACCUCUUCGGGGGCUGGACGAUGGACGCCGUGGCCCGCAGCACGGCUGGCUCAGGCCGCAGCCGCUCCUGCUGCACCUUCUGCGGGGUGCUGCGGCGCCGGGCGCUAGAGGAAGGGGCGCGUCUCGUGGGAGCCACGCACAUCGUGACAGGUCACAACGCCGACGACAUGGCGGAGACCGUGCUCAUGAACUUCCUGCGGGGCGACGUGGGCCGGCUGGCCCGGGGCGGGGGCCUGGGCUCCGCGGGCGAGGGGGGCGCCCUGCCGCGCUGCCGGCCGCUGCAGCUGGCCUCGCAGAAGGAGGUGGUGCUGUACGCGCACUUCCGCCGCCUGGACUACUUCUCCGAGGAGUGCGUCUACGCGCCCGAGGCCUUCCGCGGCCACGCGCGCGACCUGCUCAAGCUGCUGGAGGCCGCGCGCCCCUCGGCGGUGCUGGACCUGGUGCACUCGGCGGAGCGCCUGGCGCUGGCCCCUUCGGCCCGGCCCCCGCCCGCCCGCACCUGCUCCCGCUGCGGGGCGCUGGCCAGCGGCGCGCUCUGCCAGGCCUGCGCCCUUCUGGACGGCCUGGACCGCGGCCGGCCCCGCCUGGCCAUCGGCAAGGGCCGCCGGGGGCUGGACGAGAUGGGGCCGCGUGGGGCGCCUCGGGAGCAGGUCCAGGCCCCAGCCUCCGAGGCCGUGCCCUCCUUCUAGGGACCACAGUGUUCUGUUGGGAUCCGACCUGGGAGCUCAGGGAGCCUGUAAAUGACACUGUGAAUAAACCCCAGUUACCUUUG